UGAUGAUGAUGAUGAUGAUGAUGAUGAUGAUGAUGAUGAUAACGACUCAAAAGAUAACGAUGAGGGUUGGGAGUCUAGCAUUGAUGAUACGGAUGAUACGUGGGAGUCUAGUGUAGAUGAGACAGAUGGCCAUGAAGUGGUGGUGACCAAAACGUUGACGAGUUGUCCACCUACAGAGACCAUGACGGACGACCAUGACCGUACGAUUACAAAGACCAUCACCUCUUGUCCUGCAUCGUCCACGACGACUAGCAGUAAAAGCCAUACAAAAACGACGUCGAGCAAACCUGUUCCUACCCAUUCGAUCAAGAGUUGUUACAAAAAGGCGGCUUUAACACAAUAUUGGGUUCCUAAAGAAGGCGAUAAAGACAUGUUGAACGAUGGUACAAUUGUGACAUUAACAGGCUCCAAAAAGAAAAAGUUGGUGACCGAUGAUGGUAAAAUGAUUGCCAAGGUGUCCAAAACGACCUAUGAGAAAUUUCAAAUGGAAGGCACAGGUCUCUUGGAAUCAGGUAUACUCGUCAAUUUAGCUUCCUCCGAUGACACGUUUGAAAAAGUAGAUCGCAAGGAAGCACCCUAUGGUCUUGGUAACACAGACGGCAGCACAUUGACACCUUGGAUCUCUGUGGCUUCCAACGAUUUGAAACACGGUACGAUUCUACAUAUCAAGGAAUUAGACGGUGUCGAGUUACCGAAUGGUCGCGUUCAUAACGGCUGUGUGCGUGUAGAUGAUGAAGGAUGGAGUUUUGGUGGUUGUCAAUUGGAUUGGUUUGUGCUUCAAUUCAGUGCUUAUCAGACACUCGUGGAUUUGGUGCCUGAAAAAGUCACGGUCACAGCACAAGAUUGUGAAAUCAAAAAUUAUGUGACAGAACAAGAUAAAAAUUGGGCCGUUUUGCAUUAACUUUAUUCCCAUCGUUUUCUUUUAUUUUGUAUACAUACCAUAUUUUUACCCUUCGUCCCGCCCCUCUUUCUCUUCUUUCCCGUUCCUUACUUUUUUAACCAUGUCAUUAUUUCUCGCUCCCAUUGUUUAUGUACCCUUUAUAUUUUUCUUAUUAGAACACACACACACUCUUUCUUUUUUUUAUUAUUAAAUAAAUCAUGAUUGUAUUUUUAUAUUUUUGACCGAAAAAAAAAAAAAAAACGCGAGAGAAGGGCA